CUGUGCGCCGUGAAAAUGUGUAAAUAAAGAGGCUGCCGGGUUUAAUGGCACCCUGAGGAGGAGGAAGGGAAGGCGGUCAGCGAGGCCUGAGGGCGAUCAGUCGAAACCCAAUCGACUGGGGUGCUUUUAGGGCUGCGGUGGUGGCAGAGGGUCGCUGAGGGGCUGAGGCUGCGCGCUGAGAUCUCCUACAGCCAAAGGGUAGAGACACUUCCAGGAAGAAACACCCCUGUAAACAACUAGUAUAAAAUUACGAUGGAUAUAUCUUUGUGCAAAGUUAUUUUCAGCUUUGCCUGUAGCAUGUUUUCCCAAAGGGACACAAUGUUUGGUAACACAUCUGUUGACGCCAAGGGGUGCUUUCCUCUUGGAAAACUCCAGAAUAAAGGUUGGCAGGUUGGGUGGUAGCUAUUUGCUGUGUUUAAUGCUGUAUUGGCUUUAAAACAACCAAAAAAAUACAGUAACAAAGUCAAGAUCCACACUCUUUGUGGACACUGUGCCUUGUCAUUGCAGCAGAGACAUAAGGGAAGUUAUUUCAGAAAGAAAAAAAUACAUGUAAGACAAGAUGCCUCAUGAUGGGCGACGAUACCAAGAAAAGCAGCGCAGGCACCAUGAGGAUCAUGGAUCCGACAGGUACGAGGAAGACAGAAGAACAAGAAAGCCAUACCCAUACAAUGGAAGGUCAACAAGAGAUGUCCGAGGUGGCCAGCACUCAAGAGCUUCCACUGUUUGCUCAGACUCAUACUCUAAAGCUUCAGGAGCAUCACAGGAAUAUUUUGGCCCACCGCCCCAGUAUUAUCCUCCCAAGGAGACCUUCUCAAUGAAGUGUUCAAAGGUAUGCACAACAAGAGGCAUCCUGAAGUUCGUGGAAAUCACGGUGAACCUCCUGGUGCUGAUCUGCGUGGGCGCUGCCCAGGCCUCCGUCGCAGGCUUCACUUCCCUCGGCGGCUUGGGUCUCGGGUCCUUUAACCUGAACUCAGCCUACAGCCCCUUCGAGGGGACGGAGCUGCAGGAGGUGAGAGAGCUGGACAUGCAGAUCACCCAGAUGCGAGCCCCCUGCGUCUACGGCGGGGUGGCCUUCAGCUUAACAGCGGCAGCGCUUACGCUCGUCUUCCUUGUGGUGGGGGUGAAGCCCAUCCACCGCCUCAAACCGGGGCUGCUCGUUGGUGAGUGUGCCUUCAACCUCCUGGCUGCUGUGAGCUACGUGGCUGCCGUCGGCCUCUACUUGCAUUUUGUCAGCCAGGUGAACUCCACGGAGAGCUGCAAGAGGCGCGAGCGGCUGUACGCGCGCCGUGGCUAUACCUCCAUGAGCUGCGUGGUGCAGGGAGGCGACGCAGCCGUCGGCCUCUUCGGCGUUGCCGCUGCCUGCUUGUACUUGGCUAGCUUUGUGGUCUGCAUCCUUGCUGUUCGAACUGUCCGGGCCUUCCGGAGCCAUGCAGCCAAGGCUCAGUACAGCCCCAGCAGCAGCGAGAGAGACAGAAGGAGCAGAAGCGACCACACCGGCCACAGGGCCCCUGAGAGCUCCCGCAACAUCCAGGCCCUUGCCACGUUAGUCUGAAGUCAGCUCUGGGACUGUGCCAAAGAACAGGAGCUUCUGCGAGGGACGGGCACUGGACUUUGCUCGCCUAACAGGCAAUGAGUCCAAAGUGCACUGUCCAACAAGGUACUGAUGUAGGUAUCAAAUCACCCAAUGUAAAAAUACUGCUGUAACAUGAUGUAAUAAAAUGGAUGCUGAGAGGAAAUUCCAACAGGGCUUUCUGCAUCAGUCUCUC